AUGGUGACCCGAGCAGAUAGACUCCGUAGGAAAAAGAAGAAUACCACCAAGGCUGUGGAUACCAUUGGUAAAUUGAGAAAACUGAAAAAACACUUUCCCGAGCUCACCCAACCGCUCAAGCCUAAACCAGGAUUUACCAAACAACCCGAAGAGAGUUUUUCAUCCAUUACCAAUGAAGAGGAAUUGAGAUUGGAGAGAGAAAUUACUGAAAAUCCACUCUCCUAUGAUGCUCGGUUGAAACUCAAGAGAGAAAUGAUGAAGAGAGAAUUCCGUGAUGAUUUGAGUAAAUUAAACAAAGAGGAUGAGGCUAAAUUUCAAUUAUCAUUCACUCCGAAAGCAACUACACCAAAGAAGAAGGAAUUUGAUGAAACAAAAGGAGAGUCAUCAUCAUCUGGAUCAUCAGAGACCAAGACCAUUCCAAAAAAGAAAGUGAAGAAACAUCUUCAAAAACCCAUUACUUUCACAACGAACAAUGCACUAAAGAGAUUGAACAGUGAGAGAAUGGCUUCGGAUUCAUUAACAGACUUUUGGGAAGGAACAGACAACACAAAACGAAGAAAAGCAUCGGAACCACCACAAGAAAUUGUACAAGAGGUGAAGAAGGCAUUCUAUAACCCAAUUUCUGGUCAAUCCUACAAUCCUUCACUCAACGAAUAUAAGAAGGCUCUUAAAAUGGCUUCGAAGGGAGAGUCAAAGCUUUUUAACCAAUUGGACAAUGUGUUGAACCAACUCACAAAUAGACAAGACGAUGUCACAUCAUCAAGUGCCACCUCCUCUCAAAGUGUGGAGACAUCUUCUUCAGAAGAGAAUGAAGAAAAGAGUACGGAGGAAAAAACAGAAAAACAAAAACCAAAAUUCUUGAGGAAAAAGAAAAUUCUCAGUCUCACCAAGAGAAAGGGAUUGAGACAACACAAGGGUGACCUUUUGCGAUCUCUUCUUAAAAAAAAGAGAGCUGUUGAGGAUACAAUUAACGUUGCCAAGUUGGGUAAGAGAUUGUUGAAACAUCGAGAGGAAUUUGAAAAUAUACUACCAAAACUCAGGGAGAAGAGACAAGAAUCCAAGCUGAAGAAACUUAAAAAGGACUCAGUUCAAUCAUCCAAUGAUGUCAUGAUUCACUCUGAGAAGGAUAUUGAUGAAGCUUUUAAGACAGAAAAAGUUGAGGAUACUACAACACUGUCAUCUGUUUCAUCCUUUAGAGAAAUGCAAAGUGGUAACUCGGCACAAUUAUGGACUUCCUUCACAAAACGUUUCCAUGACACAAAGACGGUACAUAACCGAUCGUACUCGAAAGGAAAUAGACAAGUUGGAGAAUAUAUUAUAUAA